ACUUUCUACACGCCGAAGUGACGCACUCCGACCAGGAAGAAGAAGACGGCAGACCGGAGCUAUGGUAGCAGGUGUCUGAAGUUCCUGCUUUUUAUCUGCUGUGGGUGUCCUUUCGGACGAAAUUACAGGUAAGACCUGCCGAGCACUAAGUCACCUUUCUGCACCUGUGUAGACAAAGCAUGUGAUUUCUUCAUUCCGGUUUUAUAUAACAGCAGUUUAUCUAACAAGGGUAGGACUUGCUGAGAUUGUUUUGCUAACUUGUAACAUUAGCACAGUUUCGGUUUAUUUGGCCUUGUGUUGUGCUGAGACGCUGUCAUUAAAGUGGACUAAGAUUAUUACAUUUACCUCGACAAUUUUUUCUAUGAACUUGUUUGCUGUUUUAUAAACUCCUCUGUUUUCCUCUGCAUUAUCAUUGUGGCUAUAAUCGUGUUACCACAGUCAUCUCCUUAGUAUUAAGAACCAAAUCCCAUUCGAUGUUCGGACGUUUUAGUAUCACUCUGUAGUGCCCGGUACAUCCGUCCGAAAUUUUAAAAACUAUUUAAUUGUACAUAAUCUCUUAAUUCACCUCUUUCAUUCUGCUUAUAUGUGAUACCUAAUAUUUGCCUUAAACCUCAAAUUACUUAUAAUGUUUCCUUAUCUAGUUGUGUAAUGCAGUGUUCCACUUCAGACUAGCAUCUAAAUCAUUAUUUAUGUAACCAGGGUGUCGAAAUAAUCCAUAUUAGGAUAAAUAAAGUCACUAAAAACUCAUUUGAUUUGCAUAAAAAGUAAACUACUAGUCUGUCAAUCCAUUGAACAGUAAAAUGUGUGUGAAUAUUUUUCAAGCAUCUGUUCUCAGUAUUAAACUCAUAAACUGGCCCAGGUCAUGAGUGGCUGCGCAGAGGCUAAAAACGUUGAUUUAGCUGAUCGUGUUGAGUAAAAAGGCUGCAAAUACAGCUGGGAAACUAAAAUAUUAUAUAUACUUAACUAAAUAAACUAUAUUAUUGUUAUCUGCCUAAUGUAGCAUGCAGAUUGUACUCAACUAGAACUAACAGCACUGAGACAAAUCAUUUUAUGAAAUUAGAUUUUUUUUGGACAUACUCUGCCAGCUUCUCUGUUGGCCAUGCAGUUAAUAAAACAUACUUGUUUAUCUUUUGGGGACUAGUUUUUGACCUUGUAACUGAUGCAGUGAAAUACAAUACAAUACAAAAAAGUACUGACUUAUUAAACUGCUCAAAGACGUACAAGUACACAUAAAAGCCCCAUGGGUAAAUAUAAUUAUCGGUACUUACUUUCCCUGCAUGUUUCUGUCAGAACUUGUCGCACUGUUACCUGAUCAGCUGAUGCUUUAUUUGACUCCAGCCCACUAACAAAAUAAAAGGCUGCAGACCAGUGUCUUAUAAAAAGCAGAGCCACAACACAGUUAAAAUCAAGUCAAAGAAGGAACAUGUUCUUUAAUGAACAAUGAAAACUAGAAACACAGCUUUCCAAACAGUGCUAUUGAGUCCAGAUUUCUUUAAUCCCCAUAAACCAAAGCAGAACAGCACCUCAUCCAAGUCUGCCUGCUGAAACUAACUGAAACAAACAUCAUAUACAGCACAUAAGCAAACAAAGGAACUGAUGAAGUUCUUAUUUUAAAUGCAUAUCGCACUCAAUGAAGAGUCACAACCAUUUUCUAGUGCGGUCUAAAUCCUCUUUAAGGGUAACAAGGUCACUGAGUCUCAGCUAAGCCUGAGCUGUGAGGAGAUAAAGCAGUGAGCAAGACGCCACCUACAACAUGUUACUACCAGCUGCGGGUUUAUGUUGAUCAAGUUGACUAGACGGACAGACAGAGUCCAUUUGGGAUCAUUAGAUUGAAGCUGAAUAUGAAUAUUGGUUUAAAAUCAAAUAAGAGUUUCUGUUCCCAGCUGCUCAUGUGCACAUGCUGACGUCUCUUUUCCUCUGCGAAGGAUGGCACAGUGGGGUGCCUUAUUCUCAAUAAUUGCUGCUCUUGGAGGAGCUGCGCUCCUAGCAUCCGUGCACAAGAUUGACGAGGGACACACUGGAGUUUACUACAGGUGAGACAGCAGCACACACACACACUGUUGUUGUUAUUAAUGUUAUUUAUGGGAUAGUGUUAAACUGCUCUGUUGUGUAACCGUAAGAAGAGAGCAUCUGCUUCGAAGGUGUUUGCCAUAAGCAACUUAACUGUUAAACACCAUAAAUACCCUCGCAGUAAGACCGCAAAAAUAACAAGUCCUGGUCCUCAGAGCAUUUCUGGUGCAGAGGAUUUCAGGUGUAAUUGCCUGCAGAGACAUGCAGUAAAUACCACAGUUUUAUUAACACAAGAUAAAAUCAUUACCCAAUACCUGCUUCAGUGCAGCUCACAGUGAGAAGGUCCAGACUAAAGCUGAGGUCCCUUAUGUGUCACAGUUAAGCAUUAACAAAUAGAGAUAGAUUCUUAUCAUGGGGAGGUGUAAGUGUGGGCACAUUUUUAUCUCCAGCUUUCAUGUAGGGCCCGUAUAAAUGAGUUGUGUUUAUGUGAAUGUGUGUGGGACAGUGAGAAAGGGAUAUCUGUUUAUUCAUGCCAUCAGAAGUGAAAAUAAAACAGCUUCACUUCAGACAUUAUGAAAAAUGUCAAUAAAAUACAGAGUUUGAUGGUUUGCAAAUCAUUUAAGCCCUCAGUUGAUUCUAAAAAUAUCAAAUGUUGAAACUGAAAAGUGAUAUUGUUUACAUUUCAUUUGCAUUAUCUCUUCUUUUAACAACACACUAUAAAUAUUUGGGAACUAAGGAGAACUGUUUCUGGAGGUUUUAAAGUCAAAUGUGGUCCCAUUCUUGCAGAUUUGUUGAUGUUGUUCUUUUUUUUCUUUCAUGAUGCUUUCAGUAGAUCAGUUUUGCACCCAGAGUCUUCUACGGGGACACUUUGCUGUUAUAAUAUGUGAAAAAUCUUGUUAGGCAUUGUUUCUCUGAAAUAUGAGAGGUAAUUUCUGAAAAAAGGAUGGAGUAUUUGUGGAUACAGCUACAACCUGCAGACAGUGGGGGGUUUGGAAGUGAUUUUGAAGCCAGUAUUGGUUGUGGACUUUAUCUCUUUUGUACAGAGGUUUUUCCAUAUUAUCUGAGUUUCUUAAUUAUAAUAUGUUCUGUAGAUGAUGAGAUCCUCAAAGUCGAUAACCUCUUGCCAUCUUUACUCUUGAGGGACUCUGCCUCUUUGAGACUCAACCGGUCAUAUUACGAACCUUUUCCAAGUUAACCUAAUUAGUUGGAAGAGCAAAGUGUUUGUUGUCCCGGUGCCAACUUGUAUGAAAAAAAAGUGUUGCUGGCAUCAAAUUUAAAAAUAAACAUAUUUUUUCAUCAACUAUAUUUAAAAGUUGGUUUCAAUAUUUGAUUUGCACUCUUUACAAUAAUGUGGUUUUCUCAAAUUCUUAAAUAAUCACUUGACAGUUUAUACAUCAGCCUUUUUAGUCCACAAAACUUAAACUCUGAUUGUGCUUUAAAAUAAACCCUUUGAUAUAAUGAUAAAACUGUGUCAUGCAGGGGAGGGGCUCUCCUGACCACCACCAGCAGCCCUGGUUUCCAUCUUAUGCUUCCAUUCAUCACCACCUACAAGUCUGUCCAGGUGAGUCUUGUCACAUGUGAAAAUUGUCCAUUGCGUCCAUAUAGCUUGACAUUGUUCUGCUCGAGUUCUUGUCCCGUGGAUCAGCUGCUCCGUGUUAUCUGCAGUAUUUCAGUCCAUUUCAGGCAUUAGUCUCGGGUCGGUGGUUUAACUUUGAAUCAUCUUCUCGCUGGAGCCUUUUGCAGGGUUAGAGUUAGUAUCUGUCCUUCCAGUACAUCAUUUAGGCAUAUCAUAACAUUUAUUUUGGGGCUUUUUUGGAUCAAACCUCAGCUGCCUGUGGAUGUGGUGCGCCUAAACCGCCUGGCUAUCAGCGGACCCCCAUAACCAAGAACCUUGAUGACAGCUUUCUGAACAUCUCCUCAAACUUGCACAGUUCCAGGACAGAGCCAAAACACAUCUUGAUGGUCCACAUCUUUAGAGCCACAAACAUGUCUGUUUUACCGAGCCAUGAUGUGAUACACAAACUGAAGAUUUGAGGAUGGAUUGUUUUUUAUUGCAGGUCAUACAGGUCAUGUGAGUCGGGGGUACUUGGGUCACUGUAACGCACAUCAGACAGCUGGUCAGCGCUGCGUCUUGUUUGAAAAUGGCUUUAAACACCAGGCAAGGGGCAAAAUGAUGUCAAAGCAGAUGCAAGGUCUUAACCUCAGAGAAGCAGCUGUGAGAUGUAGAGGGAGGAGAAAGAGUGCACUGGAGGAGAUCAGUGAGGGUGCAGACACACAACAUAAGCGAGGAGAGUAAAAAGUACAAAGGAAAGUAAAAAGACAUGUAUGUCAAAUUAAAUUUUCUUCAGGCUGUGAAUAAAUGAAAUAACUUGAAUUAGAUUGUGAUAGUCCCCGUGUCUCCUCCACUGUAACAGCAGCCAUCUGUGCAUAACACUUGGCACCUGGAUUUGCACGUCCUGUUCAAAGGUUUCAUCAUACUUAAACACAGUCAAGAUCAGCGAAAUGACUUACAAACUUAGUAAAUUACAGCCUGAGCUAAGCGAACUUUCAUUUUCUCCUCUCAGUGUUUUGCACGCUCAGAGAGAAAGGCCCCAUAUUGCAAAGUCAUUAACGCAAACUGACUAAAUGGACAACAGGUGUUUUCUUGCACAUUAGAAAGACGGGAUCCUCAGUGCGCUCUGAUUAAAGAUCAGUGUUUGUUUGCAGGUCCUAUGAAGUUUGCGCCUCUUUUUAAACACUUAACCUUUAGUAAAUCAGAUCAUCAGUGUGGUAGUGGUGGGUUCGUUCCCAGAUCCCACUGUCCACAUGCAGGAUUGACCCUAAACUGCCCAUCCUGCUCCCUUUGGUGUGUGAAUGACGUGUAAUCUAAAACCACUUUGAGCAGUCAGAAGAAUAGAAAGAGAGCUAUAUAAACAUAAUUUAAUGUCCUGCUGUCUCUCUCACCUUUGGCCGUUCCAAAUCAUCCAUCCACUGAGUGAGAGUGUGGGGGUCAACAGUCUGCUCCCAUUCGUCACUGUCACUUGUUUUAGUAUUACUCCGUCACAGAGAGUGAGCGACCUCGCAUAUUUGGAGAGACCCCUGUUAUCCUAAAAACAACAUGCUGGGUAAUGCUGGUUAACAUGUCCAAAGGAUUUUUUCCUUCAGCUAAACUCACAGAGAAAGUCAUACUGGUUAUACAACACAACAUGUUUAGAGUAAUCUUAUAUUUGAUGAUACUGUCCAGCACCUCCUCUUACUGUAAUCAGGUUCAGAUUUGAACUAAUUGCAUGAUCUGAUUUGAUUCUAUGUUGUUUAAUUUACUUGCGGUCAAACUUCUGUGUGCGUGGUGUUUAUAUAAAGAUAUCACAGCAACAUUUCUCAGAAAAAUGAAUGUAAAUGUAAAUAUUUGUUUUGUCUUGCAGACGACCCUGCAGACAGAUGAGGUGAAGAAUGUACCAUGUGGUACAAGGUAAGUCCGCUCCCCGGGCCGCCUUAAGUAGUUCCAGCUGCAGCCUGGAGAUCUCUUACUCUCUCUGUGUGUAUCCUCCAAACAACACAUCUGUUAUUGUAUUACACCAAACCGCUGGCACCACUCAGACUGAAAAUUCUUUUGUCUUGUAUUUGUUUUGGGAUAAAACACUCGAGCAGUUAAAUAGUGGUGGUUUCCUGUCUUUCAGUGGGGGAGUGAUGAUCUACUUUGAUCGCAUAGAAGUGGUGAACUACCUAGUUCCAUCAGCAGGUAAGCUCGCUCGUGUUCAGCAGGCCAAAAACAACACAGCGUGUUUGUCUAAGUGUCUUAUCUGAAAAUAAAGCUGCACCAACUGGCACUGUGAGCAUGAUUUCUUCUUCAAAUAUGCACGUGCUUCUUUUGUUUCUCUUUCUGCACAGUGUACGACAUCGUGAGGAACUUCACCGCAGACUACGACAAAGCUUUAAUAUUCAACAAGGUUCACCAUGAGCUCAACCAGUUCUGCAGCGUUCACUCUCUGCAGGAGGUCUACAUCGGCCUUUUCGGUGAGCGCGGCGGUCUCAGACUGGAUGUAAACUUACUGCGUAUCUUAAACACCUUCUUUUAGCUUUUUUACGAGUCCAUCUGCACGAACGGCACAGAGUCAGCCUACAGCAAAAGCACUCAGAGUACCUCCAGUUUAUAGCUUGUUUUAUUGGAUGUAUGUUGUUACUCAACAACUGCUGUACAUAUGCAGCACAACUGUCUGCUAAAGUGAGCUCAUUCCUGUUCAAACUAUCCUGCAACACUGAGGACCACAUCUAGACCAGGUAAUGAAGCAUAAAGCUACAGUAUAAGGAGAGUGUGAACAUGCAUUAUCACAAUUAAAGGACUGAGAUUGUUCAUCUGAGGAGAGGAAAGAAUAAAAAAUUAUUGAUUGAUUAUUCACCUUUGCAGAAACUUUAUUACAGGCAGUUUGAUGGACGAUACUCGACUCAUGUAAGACGUAACUGUCUGAGGAGUUUGUCUUUAAACUCUGAGCUGUAAUCUCAGUUUUUCGACAAGGUGGGGAAUAAAAAUUAAAUCUUCAUUUCUUCCUCAGACCAAAUUGAUGAAAACCUGAAGCUGACACUACAAGAGGAUCUGACUGCCAUGGCACCUGGACUCAUUAUCCAGGUACAGUAAGACCUCCAGGAGGCUGCAGUGGGGCCAUAGUGGAGGAUUGAAGAGUUGUGUUGUGAUCAUUACAGUGGGUUCACUUUACCCAACAUAAGAAGAGCUGUCCCCAUGAACAGGGUUCCUGCGCAAGUAUGGAAAUAAAUUUGAUCAAUUUCCAGGUCUUAAGAAGUAUAGAAAAUGAAAAACAAAGUAUGGAAAAAUAUUCAUGUUUCCAGAGUGUUACCACAGUUCUAAAAUACUGUUUUCCAAAAUGGAAAAGCAGGUAUUAAUAAUUGUAAAAAGUAGGGUAUGGAAAUUCCAACUGUGUAGGAACCCUGCAUGAAAACCACUCCAUCUACAGUCACUGUCUGCAUGAAGAGGUGAAGGCAGCAACAUACAGUAUGACCAGCUGCAAACAUGCACAAGCACACCCUCUGCAGGUCUUCCUAUCCAGACUAGAAUCAACGAGUUCAUCUGAAAAAUGAAAGAUCACGUUAACCCUCCAUCAGUGACAAACACAUCUGACUGAGUUCACCUUUAACUCAUUUUUGGUCCUGAUAUAUUCUGGUUAUAUAUAUGACAGUCUUAGACUUAAUACCUCAGCCUCAACCCUGAUGGUAUCCCACUGAGCAUUUUUGGUCUAAAUAGAUGUCUAAAUGUAGUCUAGACGACUGGUCUAAAAUCAGGCUACCACAGGUCUAAAAAAGAAAGUUUUUUUUAGAUGUCUUAAUUUAGACCAAGUUUAGACUAAAUCUAAAUCUGGGCUAUAUCUAUACUACACUGUAUAUUGCUCAAUGGCUAUCAUAAUUAUUUUGGUAAAGUACUUGGAGAUCAGUUAUGCAACUCAUAGUGCAACGUCUAAAUUUUGUCUAAAAUAAACAGCAUCUAGAUGGUUGAAAUUAGGUCUAAAAAAAAAAGCUAGAUGUCUAAUAGCUGUGUAUUGCUCAGUGGGAUCAAACAGAGUGGUUCAUAGACGAAUAAAAUCAACAUGAUUCAAAGUGAUAAACAGUUUAUUGUGUACAAGUGUCCUUCUGGUCGCUCUCUCAGAGCUGCACUAUUAAACGAAAGUAAAACUCCUGAGAGACUUUGAGGAUUUACUAUUUCUGUUACAAGUGUUGUUUAACGGCUGUUUGUAAUAAAAUACAGAUGAGAUGGACUAAAAAAAUAUAUAAUUAGCAUGACACUAAGAUUAUGAUCGUCUGCUCAGUCUAAUGUCAGGCUGCACUUUUGAGCAGAACCAGGACUGAAGCUUUAAACGGUGAAGUCAGGGUAGUGAAACCUUGUAGGGGGGAUGAUUAAGGUCUUGUUUUACAGCGUCCAGGCUUUGCUUUGACUUGAACAUCCUCUAAAAAAAGUCUCUCCACCACAAACCGUUUUUCAGCGGUGUGUCCGUCUGAGUGCUUCUGCCCCCUCUUGGACCUCCUGCACCCUCCCCACUGCACCCACAGACACGCACACUCUUCAUCCCCGAUUGUUAAACGCUCCGCUGGGCUUUAAUACUCUGCCUCCAUUCUCUAUAAAUCUACCGAUACAGCUGAAAUAACAUUUCUAGUUUUUCCCUGAGAAACAAAUAAUAUUGUGUAACAAGGUCUCGAACAGGACUGUCUCUGCUUUAACUACAACCCCUGUGGUCUGCAGCUACACUCGUUUCCUCACUGAUAGCUCUCUGAAAACCUCUCUUAAAAGACGCUGUUUUUAUUUGUCUAUCUUUGUCUUUGUAUGUCUGGCUGAUCUGCAGGCGGUCCGUGUCACGAAACCCAACAUCCCGGAGAGCAUUCGCCGAAACUACGAGCUCAUGUGAGUCUUCCCUCAACAAAAACAUGUUCCCUGACCUCUUCAGCCUGUGCUGUGUGAUGUUCCUCCAACUCCCUUCUGCCAAGUCCUGUGAGAGAAGGAAGGCUUUUGCUGUUUAGUGCCAGUCUGUAAAUCAACAAGAUGUGCUUAGUCACUGCAACCCUGUGAGGAGACUUUAGAGUAAAGGGAGGGGAAAAAAGAGCUGUGGUAAAACAAAGUGGGUCAAGUCCAGCAGUUAGAGCCUUGCAAAGUCGUGUUGUUAAGACCAUGUGGUUAGUCUCAUUAACAGUCACUUCUCUAACUCAUUGAGCUUCGUAAAACUCUGUUUUUUUAGAGCUUUCUCACACUUUUUCUAUCCUGGAGGGAGUCUUUUUGAGUUGUGCUCCUUCUUGCAGCGUCAUAUAUUCUUAUUUUCUUAUUAUCCGUCAUCAUUCCUGUGGGUUUCAUCGACAGUUACUCACCAACCUUCAGGGUGAGAUCAGGGGAGGCUGUUAUAUCACUUACAGUAAACGGAGGGCGGCAGACUGGAAAUCCCUGAAGCUGUGACCGCUCUUCCUUGAUAGAAUUACAUUUGCCAAACUGUAGAGAGUAUUUCAGAGCUUCAUCGAGGUUUGAAUUUGUCUUUCUGUAAUGAGCGUAGAUGUAGACAAACGUGGUUCAUAUUACAAGCCUGUGAAGUGGCCUUGUCUUUGAUGUCGGGUACACAUAUGCACUCCAGAAGUGUAAACAGGACUCAGCUGUUCAGAUGUGAACACUGAGAUGUGACAGAGAGCUCAACAGUCAGUGGAGGUUUAAUGAAAAAGACAAAAUAAAGUGAAUUUAGACGUCUCUCUUCAGUUCAAAAUGACUCCCUUAAGGCUGCGGCUCGCAUGAAAUUACAAAUCUAAAGUUAAGUGCACACGCAGACGAUUUCAAUCUGGGAUUGGACUGGGAUCAAAUGCUGGAUUUGGAGUUUGGAUCAGGAAGUUUUUAAGUUUGCGUACCCUUUACUUCACCCUGAGGAGAGCAGCACAAACACCCAGGAGUAACCUCACAGUUAUGAUGCAGCUUUUACCCUAAAGUCCAACGAGAGAUCAUGACAUUGACCACCAAAAAACUCAAACCACUGGCAGUAUUAAAAGUGCACGUUAUUCAGGGUUUGAGGUGCACUUUGGUAAGGCGGGUUUACAGCUCCUGCACGCUCUUCUUGUCCUUCAGGCGGGGAGGGUUUUGUCUCUACAGUGUCAAAUCCGGUUGUUUAUUUAAGGGCAGCUAAUUAUAAAUGAUCUGCACUCAUGCUUUCACCCAAUGCAUCAGCCUCUGUGGGGAACAGGAGGAUGUUUGCCCUGAUAGAGUAACCAGAAAUAACAAAGAUGAGCUCAGUGUGUAAUCAGGCGGCGCAUGAAGGCAGUUCUGAAGAAUUUCUUUCGGAAAUUGACUUUUCUGAUCUGAAAUCUGAUCCAAAUCUGGUCUUACAAAAUCAAAUCCUAAGGGUUUUGGAGCCUUUGUGGUAUUCAUUUAAGUGGAAGUGACUGUAAUGACAAAACUCUGACCACACCUUGAGUUAUGGUUAUUCUCACAUUAUCAUUUAGGUCAUUAAAGUUUCACAAGUUUUCCCAAAAGUUUCAUUACAUCCUGUUCUGUGACUAACCGCACAAUGGGCCUGAAAGGGUUAACAGAUAACGAUGCUGCAUGUCAGCAGAAGAACUUUGAAUCAUCAUUCAACCCGAAUUUAAUUACAACGACCGCUGUGUUUUGCUAUCCUGCGGUUGUUACUAAUGUUGGUAUAACUAGAGAAGCAAGCGGUCGGCAACAUUCAUCUCUCGGGGGGUGUCUAACUCGUUUGACCCUAACUUAAUUUUAUGCCGGAUUAUCCUUUUAAAUGAUUCAAAUUAAUCCUCAUAUUUCAUAAAUACUGUCUGCAGGGAGAGUGAGAAGACAAAGCUGCUCAUCUCGCAACAGACACAGAAGGUGGUGGAGAAGGAGGCGGAGACUGAGCGGAUCAAAGCUGUGAUAGGUGAGCAGCGAUGAUGAGACUAACAGACAUUCUUACAGGUUCUUAUUAAAGGAGAAGUGCGCUGUAAUCAUGUGGAUUUUUUCUUUUUGUCCCAUAGAGGCUGAGAAAGUGGCACAAGUGGCAGAAAUCAAGUUUGGACAGAAGGUCAUGGAGAAGGAAACGGAGAAAAAGAUCUCUCAAAUCGAAGGUUUGGGACGACUGAUGUGAUUUGGCGCCAUAGGAUUGAAAAAUUGAUUAGUUAAAUGCUAAAUUAAUUCAGUUUUUGCACCGUUUUCGAUCAAGUUAAGGAUAUUAAUGAUCUGCAAACUUUCAAAUAUUUUGCACACUUGCUCAAUUCUUAUAAAACUGGUGUCGUAAUUUUCCACUGUAUUUUCUAUCAUCGAUUACCUCAUGUUUACACUGUAUACUUGGCUGAGAAGAUCGUCUCUCUUCUGUCAACCUUUCACUCGCUAACGAUAAGGAAAUUAACAGCAUGAGUGAUCGAUGUUUGUUCAGGUGUGCCUAUCUCGACAGCUUUUAUUGUGAGCUGACACAGGAGGAGGAAAUGUGGUAUAAAACGUGCGUUAUCAGGGUUUUUAGUUCAGGUUUGAUUAAAGUGGUUUUCUUUCUAUGACAAACGAAAAAGCACUGUGGAGAGAUUACCAGAAAUGAGUCCGGAGCUUCAUGAGAUGUGAUAGUAGUGAUGCUGUGAUUAAGAGUAGGUUCUAGCAGCUGCGGACAAUCACAGAUGCUUAUUUCCAAACAAUUUGUUUUCAGUCCUGGUUUUCUCUCCGAGUCCAGGAACCAGCUGUUUAGAAAGAGCUCUUUGUUUAGCUUUCGACUUUCCCAGCAGUGAAAUGGAUUCAGUCUACUUUUUAAACCGUCCUCCUCCUGUUGACUCUGACGCUUCUUUCCUCUGAUUCCCAGACCAAGCUUUCCUGGCGCGACAAAGAGCCAAAGCAGACGCAGAGUUUUACACUUCGCAGAGAACUGCCGAGGCCAACAAGGUAAAGCGAACUCACAAACACACAUCUGAGUUUAGGGACUGGAAAAUCCUCUGCUGCUCUUUCUGAUCUGAAUUCUGUUUAACCUCUUGCAGCUGAAGUUAACUCCGGAGUACCUGCAGCUGAUGAAGUUCAAGGCCAUCGCAGCAAACAGUAAAAUAUACUUUGGGAAUGACAUACCGCACAUGUUUAUGGACUCUGGCUCUGAGGGGAGCUCUAUCAAGGCCUCUGCAGCCAUGGACAUUGUUGAUGAGCAGAUCUUGGACCUUGAUUAGCAAAAGUUAGUAGCAGACUCACAGGGCCACCCGGGGGUGGAGGACUAUCUGUUAGACCAGGAGAGCUGGACGGUUCUCCCCUCUGACGCUGAUCACCCUGGGCCUCCAGAACCAACCUGAGCUUCAUCCAAGAGCAGAGGACUCGGGUUGUUUGUGAGGCGUCCUGUGCAGCUACUCCGCACUGUUUUUAGUAAAUUACAUGGAAGAACCAAACGAAAAUAUCAUCAUCAUCAUCUCUCUUUUGAAACUGUUCAUUAACCCAAACAAUAAUUUGAAGGGAUUGACUCGCUGCUCAGCUCAUAUUCAAGUCUUAACAUCGUGGAUCACAAAGCCAUCACUACUGAUGUGUUUCUUGUGUUAUCCGUGGACACCCAUGCGCUCUCAGUGAGCGUCUGAAGCAGUGAAAUGAUCGAAAAUCUGUUUCUGGCGGAGAAAUGACUGAUUAUUCCUCCAAAGCCAAACCGUGCUUGUUUCAGCUGCAUUAAUCUUUAUAACAUAUAUAUCAACUGUCCGCUAACCUUCAGUUAAAGAUUUGCUGUGCCUUUCAAGCUUUUAUUCCUGGCUUCAAUGCAUUUAACAAUUACUGAAGAACUGAUUUUUCAUCCAAGUGGCACAUAGAUAUUCCAAACACAGAUUUCAGAGCGAUUCAGAAAUAGUUUGAGUGAUUCAGCCUCUAGCCUGCGUUGACGUUUAGCGUCCUCUGUGUUUUAAAGUGAAAUCCCCGUUACUCAGCAGGAGUCUGAGUCAGGUCGUGUUGCACGUGAUUACAUGGAGGAUGGUUGUGUCACUCUGAAUCUUGACUGGGAUCUUUUGAAAGUGUAGAAAACACAUUUAUCUCAUUAACACAAGACUUGGACAGAUGCUGCGCAUGGUGCGUUCGCAGCAGUGUAGCCUAAUAGAUAACACGCUCGCUGUGUGAUCACAGCAGGCGUCCAAUGAACCCAGAAAAACGUACAAACCACCAGCUGUUCAGCAGAUUUUUGACUAAUUAAACAUCUUGGACUGACGCUUGAGUCACUGGUUGUAAAGCGAUUAACAGUCAAAGUGAAACUUGAUGUCCUGGAGGCAUCCUCGACAGAUGUCAAAGUCUGAGUUUGCCCCAGUCUUCUUCUUCUUUUUACCCAUUACAUCUGCUGCAUUCGUCAUGAUACUUGCAAAAUCUUUAAUAUUAAACUGCUUCCCUCAGGGCUCCUCUGCAUUAGCUGUUGCUCAACACUCUAAUACAUGUCAGGACACAUGCUAGCUUUCGCUUUGAACCAGAUUAAAUAUGAAUCCUCACACAAAGAAAUCUGACAAAAAAAACUGAAGAGUUAGUCCUUGUGAAUAAACGUGCUAAAACAUGCUUUCACCCAAACAUCUGAUAUCCUUUAAGAUCUCCUAUGUCUCCCUGCAAACGGGCUCCUUCUGUCACAUCGUAAAAUAACGUGGUCGGAGGGAAAGUUGGCCCGCUUCAGUUAAAAGUUUGAUCACUUUCAUUUCCUCCAGACAAUCUCUACUCAGUGAAGCUUCAUCUGUCUGUAACAUCUUUAUUUUUGUUUGUUUGUUUUUAAUGGAGCAGAUGCACUCUAAGAAAAGAGAAAAAUCCAUUUACAUUCCAGUCCAGGGCAGCUCGUCUAUGAUCUCGUUUGGAGGAGAAGGAGUUUAUAAAAUGUUGAUUUUCUGCUGUAAAAAAAAACAGACCAAAUAUCCACGUCUCUCUCUCUCUCAGGCUGUGAUCGCUCUCUGAACUGCUUGAAAAACACAAACCCUGACAGGAAAUGUCCGCGCUGACAAACAUAAGGAUGAUGAAUGUACUGUGUGGUAGCUGCUGGCUGUCGGAUUUAAAACCAUCACUCCGCUGGUUUAUUUAUUUGUUCUUUUCUUGUUUUUAAUCCAGCACUGGGACUCGGUAAAUGAAAAAUUGGCUAAAAUUAACUGUGUGAAGUUUUAACAGGUAUUUCUGGAUAUGUUUGUAGUGCUUUGUGUUUUGCUCUGUACAUUUAGAAUAGAGUAUUCUACUAUUAGUAUCUGAUUGUUUGUUCAGAAAUACCCGACUGAAAGGAUAACGCUGGGUUAUCAUGACGGGAAGAGAAACUUUGGAUUCAGUUUCCAAAUACAAAAACAUAAUCUGUUUGUUUUUCUGCCAUGUUUGAUUUGAUGUCUUGCUUUCCUGUUUGUCAAACUCUGUUCUGGAUAUGAACUGCCUUAGAGUCCUCAGCACCUGAAGGAGGAAGAGAUUGUAAUACGGCAUCAAACAGGCUGGUUAACAUCAGAAAACAGUGUAACUGAGAUCUACAGAGGAACUCGAUCCAACACACUGACAGCCUGUGUACGUCAAAAAUGUCUUAUCAUUCUGGGUUGACUCAAGCAUUCUUAACAUUAUAGGUGGUCACAGUGUGUCAUCCAGGGUUUCAGUUCCUUGUAAAUCGGCUAAUGGGAUUUCCAAAGAAUAAGUAAUUUUUUAAGUGUCAGACGUGUUUAGGCACAGAUGCUUUUACACGGUGGUGUUGGUUUUAUCUAAGCAGACAUGGUGCCGCAGUGAGAGGAGAUCUGGACUGUGUGGAGUCAAAUUCACCGUAGACUUUGUAUACUGUGACUUGUUCAGGCAUUGGUCUAAUGGUGUGUUCUUGGCAUCAGAUCCUGUUUUUGUCCUAAGGUUGGUUCUCUGGCAGUUUUCCCCCCAGACUGACUUCCUGAUUGCAGAAUUUUACUGGCUGAUUAAAACUUGAAGUUGAAAGUCAAAUAUUUUUGCACUGAUUUCAGUUGUGACUGUGCAAUCAAGAUGUUGUCAUCUGGCAAUAAAGUUCUGAUGGUAAUUCUCUGAGGA